AUGUCUGCAAACCCUGGUAAUUCACUAAGGGCGCUUUCGCCCACGCCACCGGAGCGGGGGUCGUUUCCAUUGGACCACGAUGGCGAAUGCAGCGGAAUGAUGCAGAAGUACUUGGACUGCUUGAAGUUGGUGAGGGGGGAAAAUGCGCCAAAUUGCAGGUUACUUGCCAAGGACUACUUACGGUGCAGGAUGGACCACCAGCUGAUGGAUAGGGACGAGUGGAAACACUUGGGGCUGCCCGAGGACGCGCCGGGGAAGCGUAGUAGGUAG